UGAUGCCGGCCCCAGGCAUCGUUACACGGCGUAUCAUGGUGUAUCGGUGGGCGUUUCUUACGUCACAGCGCGGCGCCGAUGCCUUUCAUCUCCCAAUCCGAGGUGCUUUAUAAGACUCUCUCAGACACGCUGUCUCUCUUUUCCCUCAGGUUAUCAUCUUGACUCAUCACAUGCACCAUGUCUCGGGAUGAUCAGACCAACGACUUCCCAUGGCACCUGGGGGUGUUUGACGCCCAUUGUCACCCUACCGAUACCAUGUCAUCAAUCGCGGAAAUCCCCCACAUGAAAGCAUCAACAUUGACAGUCAUGUCUACUCGCGGGGAGGAUCAGGACUUGGUGCUUGAGACUGCGAAAUCACUGACCCAGGGCCAAGAGCCUUUCCAAGGUUCGGCCACAGGGCCUGUGCUACCGUGCUUUGGCUGGCACCCGUGGUUCUCACAUCAAACUAUUGACGAUGCUACCGGAUCGGCAGAGACAGAGCAAGACAUCUCGUUCAUUGAGCGGAAGAAACUACACUAUAAGAAGGUCCUUACACCAGAGCCAGACGAUGACUUCAUUCUUUCGUUACCGGAUCCAAAGCCGCUUUCACAGUUACUUUCGGAAACUCGAGCACGGUUGACGGCGUACCCUCACUCUCCCGUGGGUGAGGUCGGCCUGGACCGUGCUUUCAGACUCCCAAAGCCCUGGACCACUAAAGAAAAGGAGGCAAGGGAUGAGCAAGUGACCCCUGGAUCACGCGAAGGCAGACAACUCUCGCCCUAUCGGGUUCAGCUGGCACACCAGAAAGCCGUCCUGGAAGCUCAGUUGCGUCUCGCCGGAGAACUCCAACGUCCGGUCUCUGUGCAUAGUGUUCAAGCACAUGGAGCAGUGUUUGACCUCUUCAAGGGCUUGUGGUCAGGUCAUGAACGGAAGAAUGCCUCUCGGCGGGAGAGACGCCGUCGGUAUAGUGUUACAGAUGCCCAUACGGAGAGCGAUGCAGAGGAUGAACAACAUAAACAAGAAGUUGCAAAACCCGAAGAAAAGUCUCUCCCGUUUCCACCACGGAUCUGCAUGCACUCAUACUCGGGGCCUGUAGACCCGCUGAAGCAAUUUUUGCAUCCGUCCAAUCCGUCAGACGUCUACUUUUCUUUCUCUUCCGUGAUCAACUUCAGCGGGCCUUCAUCACAGAAGGUCAUUGAUGUUAUCAAAGCUUUGCCUGAUGACAGGGUGCUUAUUGAGAGUGAUCUGCAUACGGCUGGACAGCAGAUGGAUGACCUGCUGGAGGAAGUUGCUCGACAGAUUUGCGAACUCCGCGGGUGGACGUUACACGAUGGUGUUCAGCGGCUGGCUGAUAAUUGGAGGAAAUUCAUCUUCGGGUAAACAGCCAUGGGGAGCUGAGAGUUUAUAAGCUAUUGGCCUACGAAUUAGCCUACGGAUUCGCUACUGAUUGAAGUGGUUUGCACUCGAGGCAAAAGAGACAUGAUCACUUCGACGAUUCAAGCCUGAUGGUGCCCGACAGUCGAGCCAGACCUUGAGUCAAAGAGCAUCAGACCUCAGGCCCUAUGGAAUCACAGUACUCAUACAGAGCUACAGCCUAUCAAUCGAAAUUAUCGACCUCCCACAAAGAUUAACGAAUAAGACAUGAAAAUAGAACAGGUAGUUUCACGCUAAACAAGUCAGUGUAGACUCCUCUUUCACAUAGACAUUGAUCAGACUGCAGCGUCACGCUUUGUCUCUCCCAUGUCCGGAUCCUUUCUAAGCCAGUCUUCAGUCUCGG